AUGCUUCCAGGGAUUGGAAACUUGAACAGCCAAAGGGCUAACCCUGGACAGAGACGCUAUGGCAAACGGAAGGACAGUGCGAUAAGGACAUUAGUUGCCGAGACUUUAGUGUUGGCAAAAACUCACGGGUACGUUGAGAAGAUCGAAAACGAACUCGAGGAGGAGCUCCAGCAGGACAUCGACCCUCCCAAGGAAAAUCUCGGCAGGUGGAGAAGAAAGGGCUACCAAUUUUUUAAGAGUAAAUACAUGCUACUGACUGUCGUGGUGCUGUGUAUAACGGAUUGCGCACUUGUACUAGGGGAGCUAACUCUGGAUCUACACAAAGUCAAAGUCACUCUUGAAGAGAAUGAAAAAUUGACCGAAAGCACUACAGCUUUCCUUCAGAACAUGAGGCGCCAACAUCACCAGUACCUAAUAGAUAAACAGUUUUCAGAGGUUUUUGACAUGCUUAUGGUGGCAUCUAUAAAGUGGAACAUAUCAGAAUAUAAUUUAGCUCAAACAGAGGAAGAACUCGAUGUAAACAAAACGUACCGUUACCGACGGACUUUAACCAAACCAACGGAACAAUCGGCUAGAACGUCGGACAGUAACUUUGUACUGGAUGAUACUGCGAUCAAUGAAAACCAUCAUUCUAAAGGACAAAGCAUACAGGAAGAUAUAGCACAUGCAUUUCAUUUUGCUAGUAUAUCUAUAUUAGGAAUUAUAUUACUAGAGACAAUACUUAAGGCAUUAUGUGCAGGUUGUAUAUUUUUUCAUCGACGUCUUGAGGUAUUCGAUGCUUUCAUUGUGGUAACGUCGUUUAUUGUUGACUCGUGUCUGAUGGUAUACCUUCCACAGUAUGACACCAGGGAUUUUGUUUUCAUAUUGGCCUUUCUGCUACCUUGGAGGGUCAUCCGGGUCGUUAACAGUCUGGUUGUGGCUGUUAAGGACCAUGAACACUUUAGGUUAAAGCUUGUUUACAGUCGUAAAAAGAAGAUUCAGCAUAAUCUCAGGGAGGCAGAAGUCAGAAUGCAAAUAUUUAAGUAUCAAUGCAACGCAUUAAAGCGGCUGUGCCUAGCAGAGGGUCUAGACGAAUGGAAGGUCGAUCAUUGCCUCAAGGUAGAACAGAAAUAUCAACCUACAAUUGGUAAAAAGAAAUGUAAAGUUAAGAUCGACAAUUCCACUCUGUCCCUGAUCACAGAGUUGGACGAGGGAUGUUCCUCUACUCGUUCGUCUCCCAGGCACUCUUUGCCCUCCUUGGAUUUCCCUGGAUUGCGGUUCCUCAAUGGACACUCCAAACACAACGAAACCAACGGGAGUAUUGAGGAGAAUGGCAACGAGGUUGAUCAACAGCCUCAGGAUAUGUAA